CUCUCUCUAUUCCUUGAAAAACACAGAGAAAUUCAAAGAAGAGAAAGACAUUCAUUUGAACGUAUUUGAGGUUUCUUCUUCUUCUUGAACAAAAUGUUGAUGUUGAAGGUGAACAUCAAGUUCUCAAUGAUCAGAAGAAUCAGUGUAUUAACGGCAGCAUUUUCGUCAGUUGGACUACUACGACUCCUGGCAGUUAUUCUUCUCAUCAGAACUCACCAUGGAUUAAUCACUUCCACAACUUCUAAUAGUAUCCAUCAUCAUCAUCUUCAUCAUCAACAACAUCCAUUGGAACAAAAUCAUCAUUUACAGCAACAACACAAAAUUAUUUCUACUACUACCACUCUCACGAUUUGUCAUCAUAGAAAGCUUCUGAAUCAGAAGGAAGAAGAGCCAAAGAUCGAACCCAACAGGAUGUGGGGAGAGAGAUGUUCAAAGUCAGACAUAGUCGUAAGUCAAGGAUCAACACCACCAUUACCAAACGGCAUCCCAACGUACACAGUUGAGAUCAUGAACGUGUGCACCAAAGGCUGUGAUAUAUCAAACAUUCAUCUCAGUUGCGGGUGGUUUAGUUCCGCCCGUCUGAUCAAUCCUAGGGUUUUUAAACGCAUUAGGUAUAAUGACUGCAUCCUUAACAAUGGUGAAGCUUUGAUCAACGGGGAUAGCAUUUCAUUUCAAUAUGCCAACACAUUUCAAUAUCCUCUCACUGUUUCUUCAGUCAACUGCUAGUUGUAUAUUUUUCUUUUUUUUUUACUAUAGUUAGUAGUAUAUAUAUUGAGCAAAAAGUCCGUAAAAAUCUACAAAGAAUUUACUAGUAGUAGCGUUAUUACUCAUGAGACCAAGUGUUAACUUGUUCCUGGCCUAGCUCU